AUGGGAGAUUCCGUGGAGGAGAUCGAUAGGUGGGCGAGUUUUGGAGUUGCAACUCCAACAAUUAAUGGAGUUGUUGGAUUCAAUUCAGCUAGAGUCGGUGGGAGGGGAGAAGGAAGGUGUGGGGCUGGAAGGAGGUGGUGUUUGGGUGUGAUUUCCGAUCAAAUGAGGGUAUUUCUAUGGAAAAUCCAAACGACGUUUCUCCUCAUUCAAGAAACAACGUUUCUUUUUCUUGAAAAUAAGACGAAAUCGAGAGUAGACUAUGUGUAUGAGAGUAUCCGACCUUCUCAUUGUGAAUAUCUAAUCAGAAUAUCCGAGUAUAUACCUUCUGAAUCCGAUUAUGAAUCACUACCUUCUGAUUUUGAAUUUUAUAAAACUAAAUUAGUUUAUAUAAAGAUUGGCUAUGGAUUGAUAAGACAUGAAGAUAUUUCUGGACCGUUAUGCUUUUACUGUUGGUUGAUACACAGAUGAGGUUGAGAUCAUAUUGUGUGUUGUUGUUGUUCAAAAAUGGUAUGGAAUUUGAAUGCAUAUUUUUCUUUUACAAUCUAAACCUCUUAUUGGUUUUAAGACGGAUUUACCCUGUUGGCAAUUUUCAAUACUGGAGAUGUUCUUUAUUAUAAGUAUAAUAAGGACCUUUUAUUGGCUUUAAGACAUAUUUACCCUUGUUAUUAACAAAUUUGAUCCAUGUAUCUCUUGGACCUUUUAUGAUAUAUAUAUAUAUAUUUUAAUUUACAGG